CCCGGAGCACGUAGCAGCAACAGAGCCAAUGUGCUCCACCACGAUCCGUCCUACCGACUGUGGCGCCUGGCAACAGAAAAGGACGUGAUGACGUCCUCUCCAGAUCACGUAUUAUGGGAUGUGCGAAAUUAAACAACCCCGAAGGAGGACGAGAGGGGAAACCAAAGAAAAAGAAAAAAACAAAAAAACAAGCGCGGCACGGAUCAGCGACGUGCAUGGUGAAUCAUGGAGCUGUCUGCUGUCGGCGAAAGCGUCUUCGCAGCCGAGUCCAUCAUUAAACGGCGGAUCAGACGGGGUCGCUGGGAAUAUCUGGUAAAAUGGAAGGGUUGGUCUCAGAAGUACAGCACAUGGGAGCCGGAGGAAAACAUUCUGGACGCGCGCCUCUUUGCCGCCUUCGAGGAGAGGGAGAAAGAAAGAGAACUGUUCGGUCCGAAAAAGAGGGGACCCAAACCCGAGACGUUUCUCCUGAAGGCCAAAGCCAAAGAAAAAACGUAUGAAUUUAGGAUGGAGUCUCCCAGAGGAAUCCAGGUUUCUUAUCCUGUCCCGGAGCCCAUUGUGACCCCAAGGGCCAGAGAGGGUUUACGCACCGUGGUGCCCACUCUCUUCCCUCCGAGUGCGAUCAACAGAGGCGAAAGCGUCCACGUCUUCACUCCAGAGCCGGAGAGGAGGCCCAGACCACCUCCACCUCCUCUCGGUGCUCAGGAGUCUUUACGUUUCCCUAAAAAGCGAGGACGCAAACCGAAGUGCUUGCAUCAUGAGAAACACGACGAGAGCGCCCCAGAGGAACCAGACGCCAAACGAAGGCUGCUGGAGGAGAUGCCCACGGUUCCCCGGCGCCUCCAUCAUCGCGAGGAGACGUCAGAACACACUCUCAUCCAGCUGACCAAACGGUUCCAGGAGAAGACGACUAUCACACCCAAGGGCAGCAGUCAGCACAGACACGUAGGGGGCGCGAGGUUGUCUUACACCUGCGCCUUCAGUCCAGAUGUGCGUAAAAGGGAUCAUGACUGUCUGAGCAGGAUGCAGCAGAGCGCGCUGAGGCGCGCCGCGGAGGAGCGCAGGCUUCGGGCGAUGGACAGCUGUGCGCUCCAGAGGCAAGUCGGUGUCACGUCACGGCCAGACCACGACUCAGCCCCACGCUCAGCCUCCUGUUGGACCCCCAGUUUCACCAACCUGGACAGCGUGACCGUGACUGACGUCACCAUAAACCUACUGACGGUCACGGUCAGAGAGAGCAGCACGGACAAAGGAUUUUUCAAAGAGGAGAGAUGAGGAUGUCAGCAGAGUUUCGUUGAAUGCCCCACUAACAAACAGGCCCAUAGUCAUGCUAUAUUUUUUCUAGGUAAAAGUCAGUCAUGUACUACAAUAUUUAAUACAAUCCUGAAAAUAAUAAUAAUAAAAAGAGAGAAGUCUACGCGUCA